AUGGCUACACUAUCGAUGCCGGAAAACAUAUCGGUGGAUCUGGACCAGCUCCUCACGCGACUUUCGGAUACUCUGCUUUCGCCGACGGCAGACGACACGCAUCUCCGGACUACACCUUAUGAACGCAAUCGCAUCAGUGCUAAUGUCGAAUACGCGCGAACACUCCUCCUCCGCCUCGAACACAACACCCAAGACAUCAAAACCCAAUCCCACAAAACCACUCUCCAAAACGACCUCGCCACAAAACGCGACCUCAUAAAACGACUAAACACGCGCUUGCUAGAGUUGAACCAACUAGCCGCUCUCCACGACGACGCCUCUUCAGACUCCGAAGACGAAGAUGCAGAAUCACAACGACCGAGGGAAUUUGCCCCAGCAGUCGCGACUUCGGAUACUUUGGAAAGAGACCCUAGUCUCACGUCUCCACAACAAGCAGCACAAGACCUAGCAUCCACAUUGCGCAACAGAACAAACGCAACAAACAGCACUGCAGCACCCGACACAGCAACAACCACCGCUUUAUUCGGCAACAGAAACGCCACAAACCCCACUGCUGCAUCUUCAAACACUGCACCACUCUCCACAAACCAAGUCUUAGAAUCCGCAACACGGGAUCAAGACCUGCUCACCACUUCUCUAGUCACACUAGCACAAUCCCUCAAACAGUCAAGCAUGCAAUUCGCCAGCUCCCUCGAAAACGAAAAGGAAGUGUUGAGGAGAGCGGAAACGGGGUUGGAUAAGAAUAGUAUGGGUAUGGAGGCGGCGGGGAAUAGGAUGGGUGCUUUGAGGAGGAUGACUGAAGGCAAAGGGUGGUGGGGAAGGAUUAAGCUGUAUGCUAUUAUUGCGGCGUUGUGGAUUGCUGCGUUUUUGUUGGUGUUUGUGGGACCCAAGUUGAGGUUUUAG